AUGAAUUCUUGGAACAUUAUUUUGACAGCUUUUAAUAAAUUAAAACUCAUAAAUAAGCUAUUGAAUAAAUCGAUAAAUAUCAAUAUUAUUAGUGAUACUGAUUAUAAAAUUAUUCCUAAUAUUAAUCUUAAUGAUACCAGCUUUAAUAUUACUGAAAAUAAUUUAAAUAAAAAAACGUCAAUAAAUUCAAUUAGAUCCAAUGGUUCACCAAUCAAUAUUUCUAGAAGUUCAAGUUUAUUAUCGAAACCGCGACAUAUAUCAACUUAUGAAGAUGGUCUAUUAAUAAAUUCAUUUAAUAAUUUAGAAAUUAGAAACGAAUUGAAAAAAUCCGAUUCAAUGCAAUUAUUAGGAAAUAUUAUAAAUAAUAAGAAUAAUAAUGAAGAACAAAAGUAUAUAGCAUUAGCUGGAGCAUCAUUUGCGAUUAAUAAUAAAGUAAAUCGAGGUAAUAAGACGAUUAAAAAAUCUAAUUCAAUGUCGAACCAUAUGAACCACUUAGUAGGAUUAAAUGAAAAAAAUAAAAAGGAUAAUGAAAGUCAUGAUGUGAAUUCAAUUAAAGAUGGUAUUCUGAAUACUCAAAAUGUUUUAAAUAUUGAUAAAAGCAUUGAAAAAAACAAGGAAAAAAAUAAAAUUGAAAUUAAAAAAGUUCGAUUUAUUGGAGUGCCGAAAUAUACUGUUAAUGAAGAUAUUGGACAUAAAAGAUUGAAGAUAACACCAUUAGAUAGUAAGAGAAGAGGGCCGAGUUUUCCAUGA